AUGUUCAAUAUAACCAAUGGCUCAUGUGAGCCCUGCGGUUUUGGGUUCUAUCAGCCAGCAGCCGGUGCGUUCAGCUGUAUUCCGUGCGGUGUUGGGAAAACAACGUUAAAGGAUACUUCCACUACUGAGGAUGAAUGCCGCGAUGAAUGCCCCGAUGGCGAACAUUUGACACAGGUUGGCGUUUGCUUGCCCUGCCCGCAAGGAACGUAUCGUACACGUGGCGUUCACAAGAGUUGCGUUGACUGUCCACCUGGUACCACCACUGAGGGCAUUGCAUCUGUUCGACGUAUGCAGUGCAACACACCAAAAUGCUCAGCUGGCCAGUUUCUUGUUACUUCUACGAAGCAGUGCCAGUUCUGUCCUCGAGGAACGUUCCAGGAUGAAGAAAUACAAACUGUUUGUAAGCUGUGUCCAACGGAUCAUACCACAGCUGCACAAGGUGCAACACAAGCAAGCCAGUGCUACUCAACGAAUCAGUGCGCCACCGGUGAAGAUGAUUGUUCCUGGCAUGCUGUGUGCAUUGAUUUACCGGAUGAGAAUGAUAUUCCAUCAUAUCAGUGCAAGUGUAAGCCUGGUUAUAAGGGGAAUGGAACACAUUGUCAAGGUAACACUAGUUUUUUGCCACAGGUUGUUAAAAGAAGGCAGUUGCUCAGUUGUGAGCAAUGA